AUGCCUCGAACCCCUCGGACUGACGGUGACCGAGGCAGCCAAGGGUCUCGCGGUGUCGCGCAACACGCUGUCCAUGCUGCUCAACGGCCGUAUCGGGAUUUCUCCCGAGAUGGCGAUCCGACUGUCCCAAGCCUUCGGCGGCAGCCCGGAGAGCUGGUUGCAGCAGCAGAUGCAAUACGAUCUCUGGCACGCUCAGCGAAACCGGGAAGACGUCGCAAUUCGCAGAUUCGUCGCCGCCUGAGCGCGGCCGGUCGACGCCCGGACAUCGGGGCGGGCGGUUUCUUUCGAGGUCCGGCCGCCCGGCGGCCGCCCAGGAGCGCGGCACAAACGCUUUGUCCGCCAUGCCGGUCGCGGUUAUUCUCUCCGCGAAACGUGACCAACGGGUCGGGGAGGGGCAGCGUGGCCCAAGCGCAGGUCAAGAUGACGGUCAACGGCGAGCAGGUGGCGCGCGAGGUGUCGACCCGCACCCUGCUCGUCGAGUUUCUGCGCUACGAUCUCGGCCUCACCGGCACCCAUGUCGGUUGCGACACGAGCCAGUGCGGCGCGUGCAACGUGCAUGUCGACGGCCAAUGCGUGAAGGCCUGCACGAUGCUCGCGGUCCAGGCGGACGGCGCGGACGUGCUGACCAUCGAGGGCGUUGCCGACGGCGACACGCUCCAUCCCAUGCAGGCGGCGUUCAAAGAGCACCAUGCGCUGCAAUGCGGCUUCUGCACGCCCGGCAUGGUGAUGAGCGCGCUCGACCUGGUAAAGCGGAACGGGAAGCCGAGCGAGGCGGAGAUUCGCGCCUAUCUGGAGAGGCAAUUUCUGCCGCUGUACCGGCUACCACAACAUCGUGAAGGCCAUCGCCGCAGGCGCCGAGGCGAUGGCGGACUAGGGGGUGAAGGCGCAGAUUGCCCGGUGCAAGGCGGGCUUCAAGUGGUGUAG